GCAGAGUAUGUGAACUGACAUUUGGUGCUUGGAGGAUUAUCAUUGCACAUCGCUUCACAUUAAGUAAAAUGCCAGGAUUUCUUUUCCCCCACAACAACAUGACUGAAUUAAAUGGAAAAGAUGACUGCAAGCUUGGAGAAGGCAAAAUCCACAAAAAGAAGCAAAAGGCUUUUGGCUCAGAUCUCAAAACUUAUUUGAAGUCCAUGGUACCACACAUUGAAUCUGGGAUCAAGACUUCUAACUCCAGAAAUGUCAUGCUUUCUGCAGAGGAAGUAAUACAGUGGUCACAAUCUUUGGAAAAGCUCUUGGCCAGCCAAAGUGGUCAAGGUGUCUUCCGGGAGUUCCUGAAGUCAGAGUUCAGUGAGGAAAACAUCGAGUUCUGGUUGGCUUGUGAGGAUUACAAGAAAACCAAAUCUGAUCACUUACAUGGCAAAGCAGAGAGGAUUUAUGAGGAGUUUGUUCAGUCAGAUGCUAUCAAACAGAUCAAUAUUGACUAUCAGAUGAGGGAAGCAACUGCCAAAAGGGCUCAAGACCCAACUCAUACAAGUUUUGAUGAAGCCCAGAAAACAGUGUACAUCCUCAUGGAAAGGGAUUCAUAUCCCAGAUUUUUGAAAUCCAAAGCCUACCUGAACCUUUUGAACCAGCUGCAAGCCAACACUUCAAGUUGAAGUGUUUGAGGCACUGAAGACCCAAGUAGACUCUGUGUCAAAUAUCCUGUGGAAAGAUGCUUCAGGGUGGUUGGAUCUCUGCAAGGAGAACCCCUGCCAAGGGAGGAAGUGUAUGAGUGAGAUGCAAACAGCUCCAUAGCCAAGAAAGCACAGAAUAAAAGCUGGCAAGAGCGAGAGCAACACAGGGAGAAAAUCCUCUCCUCCUAUAUGCCAUGAAGUCAAGACAGAAUAUGGGUACUAUUUACUGCUUGAACUACACUGUGAACUUUGAACCAAAUCCUAGCUCCCAAAGAACUGCUGAUUAUUAGGAAGUGUAAGACUAGCAAGCUGAGUGUUGGAAAAAAGAAGAAACAGGGAUGACUGAAAAUUUUGUGCAUAACAAGAAAAUGCCCAGACAAGACUGAUGAAUGGCUUUUUUUUUUUAACCUGUGAAUUGUUAAUAAGUGUGAGUGCAUCUCCAUGAUGCUAUUAUGCUAUGUAAUUAUAAAUUGACCUGUCUUAAAAUUGAUAUAUGUUAAAUUAUAUUAGACUUACAUAAGCUGUA